AUGGAUGAAUUACAGGAAGAAUAUUUUGAUUGGCGUCAACAUAACAUUCUUACUCCAGUACGAGAUCAAAAGAAAUGUAACUGUUGUUGGGCUAUAGCAGCGGCUGGGGCUAUUGAAUCGCUUUACAACAUCGUUUAUAAAGGUCAAUACAACAAUAUACUUCAAGCUGCACCUCAACAUCUUAUAGAUUGUCUUAAUCCUAAUCCAAGAGAUAUAGGUCCAGAAGAAUGUUAUACGUCAACGGUAAGAAAAGCUUUUAAAUGGAUUUUAUCUAAUAAAGGAAUUGCCAAGGAGAAGGAUUACCAGUUUAAUGCUAGAAGAGGAAAUUGCAAAGAAUUCCUAGAGCGAAAGAGUUUAAUCCCGAUUAAAGGAUACGAAAAAGUGGAUAUUGAAAACUUAAGCUCGAAGAUCAAGGAACAACCAAUAACAUGUGGCAUAAGAAUUACUAAUGAGCUAAGAAGGUUGAGAAAUAUUAGAGAGUUUGUCAUGUAA